AUGUCCCUGAGUAGGAGCCCCUCACCGGUGCCUGGAGGAGGAUGGUCUUCACCCGGGCUGGAUAUUAACACGAGUGGUCGAUCGAGCCCCGCGAGAGGUCCUGCUGGAAAUGGCCACAAUGUGACCUGGGAGUCUGCAAGACUCAAGAGUCAGGGGGUUAGCGGCUAUCCGUCUUUCUCGACACAGAACCAAGGUUUCUUUCAACGACACAUGCGGCGCAUAUCGAGCAGUCUGCCCACUUUUGCUACAAACCACGAUUAUUAUGCCGAAAAAGAGAAGCCAGCACGUCGUAAUUGGAAUGUGCCGCUCGCGGGGAGAUUGCGAGCGAUAACGACGCGCAUGAGCAGAAAGUCUAAGACGAGGCUAGCGAUUCUUGGAAUCCUGCUUCUGUGUUACAUGCUCUUCUGGAUUACUCCCCUAUGGUACUACUGGAGAAGAGCGACUUGGUUGGGAGGCGGCGAACGAUUCGUCAUCAUUCUGGCAGCGAAUGUUGGCGGUGGUGUCAUGGAGUGGAAAGGUGCUCGAGAAUGGGCCAUUGAAAGAGACAGUGUUCGAAACAAACGCAAAUAUGUGUCCAACUGGGGCUAUGAUCUUGAGAUAGUGGACAUGAGCACAAAGAAGCGCUACGCGCACGAAUGGCGUGAGAGCUGGGAGAAGGUGGACGCAAUCAGGAACAGCUUCAGGAAAUAUCCCAAGGCUGAGUGGGUUUGGUGGCUGGACCUGAACACCUUUGUUAUGGAGCCUUCAUACUCCUUGCAAAGUCACAUCUUCAAUGAUCUGCAGAAGAACAUUUACCGCGACAUCAACGAAUACAACCCGCUUAAUAUUUCACACCCAAUCAAAGCCAAUUACCUCGACGAAGAGUCACAGAAUGCCUUGGGCGACGGUAAUGUCGACUCGGUGAAUCUGAUUCUGCCUCAAGACUGCUCCGGAUUCAACCUAGGCUCAUUUUUUGUAAGGCGUAGCGACUGGACUGACCGGUUACUGGACAUCUGGUGGGACCCUGUGAUGUAUGAACAGAAGCACAUGGAAUGGGAACACAAAGAGCAAGAUGCACUGGAGCAACUAUACAUCACGCAGCCAUGGAUUCGCAAGCACACUGCUUUCAUUCCUCAGAGGAAGAUCAACAGCUUUCCUAAUGGUGCCUGCUCGGACAACGGCAACGACACCCGGAUUCACUACGAUCAAACGGAUCGAGACUUCGUAGUGAACAUGGCUGGAUGCGAAUGGGGGCGGGACUGCUGGGGCGAGAUGUAUAACUUCCGCGAGUUGAGCUAUUAUCUCAACCGGAACCCUUGGGAGCGGUUCAAAGAAGAUAUGGUCGCAGUCGUUUGGUACAAGCUUACUGGCCGCAAGGUCAAACUAUAA